AUGACAGCAAAUAACUUCCUGACGAUUUUAAUCAUUCUCUUGUGGAAUUGGUCCGAUUCUUCAGAAGGUCACGUCUGUUUACAGUCUACCAAUUUAAUAGAAAGUUGGCGAAACUGGGACAUAGAAAUUACUACAGAAAGACUGCGAGAGAGUGGCUUGUUUAACACAUGUCCUUCCAUGUUAGCUCUGGGACCUUUCAGUCCAGAUCAGGAUCGAUCCUCGUGUCCAUGGUAUUAUGUGAAUAACCGAGAUCGACACCGGUUACCUAGUGUGAUCCAGGAGGCCAGGUGUAAUUGUACACGAUGUUUUGGAACCAAUGAAGAUUCCUAUUGUAGAGAACAAUAUGUGAAUGUGCCUGUGUUGUUUUGUUUUCCAUUAGACGAUUCUCAAUGUUCAGUUCGUUUUGACAGAAUUAGUGUAGGAUGUUCUUGUUAUUUUCCUAGACGGUUGGAAAAUAUCAGAUAA